AUGAACCGCUCCAUCUUCUUUGCCGUUCUCCUGCUGGCCUUCGUCGCCUUGGCCUCCGCCACCACCUCCACCAGCGGCGGUUCGCCCGCGGAGCAGAUCGCCAACGCCCUGCCGGCCAACUACGGCCAGCUCAAGGCCCAGGUGGCCGCCCUCCAGGCCAACCUCACGGCCCAGAUCGCCGCCGUCCAGUCGUCCCUGGCUGCCGUGGCCGCCAACGUCAAGUACAUCAAGUCCCUCGAGCAGCUGGGCAACCUGCCCGAGGCCUCCACCUGCACCACGCUCGAUUGCGUGCGCACCCCGAUCAACCAGCUCGACGAGCUCAUCAUGCAGCUCUACGCCACGCGCCUCUCGUUCGCGGUGCAGGCCGGCUUCAUCAAGUACCAGGCCGGCCAGGACGUGCUCGACCCGAGCCGCGAGUCCGUGGUGCUGGCCAACGCCGCUGCCAACGCCGUGGCCAACGGCCUCCCGUCCUACGUGGGCUCGGUGCUCUACGGCAACUACUGCAUGCUCUACGUCUCCAAGCGCCUCGAGGUGGAGGUCCUCAACGAGGCCUACAACGCCGGUCUGCCCAUGCCCGUCCAGCACGCCGACUAA